AUGCCUCUGCACGUGCGGCGCAGCAGUGACCCCUCCCUUGCAGACAUUCAGGGGGUGCCAGAAGAACCCUCCAGGAAGAACCCCUCCCGCUGGUCCACAACGCCCAACUUCCACAAGUACAGCCUCAAAGUCACCUCCAGCACCGGAGCCGGGCCUGGUACCGGGUCCAGCAGUCUGGAGAGGAAGAGUCGAGGCGCCCACGCGUACCGCAGUCUUCCUCGUGAUGCCAGUGGAUGGAACACACACUUCCAGAGAGAGAUCACCAGGUCCUCCUUGAGUGCUAACCACCCCAUGAUGGAGAGGCUCCUGUACCAGCAAGACCAGAGGCUCCUGUACCAGCAAGACCAGGUGUGUGUUUGUGUGUGA